GUGUCAGCAGGACUACAACCGGCAGCACGUGAUGCUGGCCCGCUGGCGCGGCGCCCAGGACCUGGACGCCGCCGAGCUGGCCGGCCGCAGCCACGUGGUGCUGUACGACGACACCUCCUCCGGCUGGGAGGACGCCUCCGACACACUGGCGGCCGCGUUCGGCGCGCUGCGGCGCCGCGGCCUGGCGCCCGUCUGUAUCAGCGGCGGCUUCGGCGCCGUCCAGGCCCGGUUCCCCUACAUGCUGACCUCCAAGGUGCUCACCAUCAACACGUUCCGCACCAAGUACCUGCAGUGGUUCCCGUCGCUGGUCGAAGACGAGCUGCUGGUGGGCCGCGCCGACCAGGCCACCAACCCCAAUGUAGUCUGCGAGCUGCGCGUCACGCACGUGGUCAACCUGCUGCCGGCGCCUCUGCCGCGCGUGUUCGACCACAUCACCUACCUGGCGGCGCCUCUGCGCGAGGGGCAGGACCAGCAGCUGUUGAGUAUGCUGCCCAGGUGAGACCGGGGGAGGGAAA